AUGCCAGUCGGGGGCCUCUGGCGCCAAUGCGUCGCGGGCCUCCUGCUGCUGCUGCUGCUGCUACUGGCCGUGUCGGCUCGGGCCCACGGCCGGUCCUCCUCUCCCUCUGUGGUGGGCUCAGGCGGGGUACCCAGGCGCGCGGCCCCCGAACAGCGACAUCUCGAUGCCCGACUGCUUGACUGUCAGCCGGGCGAAUACUUCCACGAUGACCUUGCCAAGUGCGAGCCCUGCGAUGUGACAUGUGCAACAUGCACCGGCCCGGGCCCGACGGCUUGCUCAUCCUGCGGCGACGGCCGCUGGUUUUGGGAGGCUACCUGUGUGACGGUCUGCCCGCAGGGCACCGGGCCGGACCCGCCGGCCCCCGAGCCCGCCCCACCGACCACGAUGGCCGCCACCGCCGCCGCCUUCCGCGUGUGUCUCCCCUGCUUUGAUCCCCUGUGUGCGAUUUGCCCUUCGCCCUUCGCCCGGAGUUGCACCCUCUGCGCCCCGGGGCUGCUGCUGAUGCAGGGGGCCUGCGCGCGGGACUGUGCCCCUGGGUGGGCCCCCUCGCGUGACGGGCUCUCCUGCAUUCGCCGGGCCGAUCGGGCCAAUCCCGACCGGAACAACACGCGCACCGACAGCACGUCGGUCUUCGCCAUCGCCUUCCUCGGGGCCUUCAUGGGGCUCUUUCUGCUGCUGUGGAUCUUCUACCCGCGGGAAAACCGCCGGCGUCUGGUUGCUCUGGCCAAGGCGUCGGCCAUCUCGCAGCGGAACCAGUACAUCAUGCAGCCGCUGCUGGAAAACAUGAAGCUAGAUGAUGAGAGCGAGGAGUUUGAGGUCACGCGGCCCCUCCUGCCGGACAACCUGCACAUCGACCUGGACGAUGGGCAAUUCAUCUUCACCGAGAGCCACACCACCAUUCGCGGGCAUCUGGUCAGCCUGAAUGAGUUCGACCAGAACUCGCGGCCGACCCUCCCCCCGCCGGCCGGGCUCGACGCGUCCGAGUCCACGGCCGGCCUCUGGCCUCCGGCCGCCGAUGGGGCAGAGUACAUCGAUGUCCCCACGCCGUUGCGCAACAACUUCUACCCGGAUUCUUCGGCGGCCUACGGCAUGCUCGGCUCGCGCAUGUACUUCGAUGUGUCGUACCUGCGCCGGCGGGGCCCCCAGCCCCGGCGCGUGGUCCCGGCGGUUUUCAACAACCGCAAUGUCGACGUCCACUUCCCACGCACCGGCGAGAAUGAGGCCCUGAUGAAUGAAAUCGAGAUCCUUUGGAAACUCCUCCCCUCGCGCAACGUGGUGGAGCUGAUCGGCUAUUCGCAGGUCCCCUCCGAUGAGUAUGAUCUCGACCGCGUCAAGGACGAAGGCAUGGGCGGGCUUUCGCCGCCACCGCCGCCAGGCGGUUCACUUGGGCUGGAUCUCGAGGCCGGCGAGCCGACCCCCCUGCCCGCGGUGUCGCACCUCGUCACCAAUGCCAUGAUCGUGGCCCAAUAUCCGAUGACCCUUCGCUGGCUCAUCGAGCGGGAGAGCCUGUUCGACGUGUUCGGCCUGGCCAUGGACAUCGCUCGCGGCCUCAUGGCCAUUCAUGGUGCCAAACUCGUUCACCGGGCCAUCCGCAGUGAGAACAUCUUCAUCGAAAUGCAGGACGUCCGGUACCUCCUCGACCCGUUCAUGGACAUCGGCCGGGUGUCCGAGCGGAACUCCUACUACCACCAUGGUAAGGGCAGCACCGGGGCCAGCUUCUCGGCCGACCCGGGCGCCAGCGCGCUGCCCAUCGUCCUGGCCCCCUUCCUGGACCCGGCGCCGGAUGCCAGCAGCGGGUACGGGGGGGACGCCAGUGCGCCAUCCUCGGCCCGGGCAUCCUUCGCCUCGGGCCGGGAUGUCGGUCGCAGCUCCACCUACUCGGCUGGCGGGACCAGUGCUCGGCCCUCGCUUGCCUAUAGCCGGCCUUCCGGGGGCUUUGGCCGGUCUUCGUCGGUGGCGGCGACGGCAGCCGCGGCCGCGGCCGCCGCCACCGCCGCCGCCGCCUCCCUCAGUCGGCCCUCCUCGCGGGCCAUGUCGCGCUCGGUCUCCCGGGCCUCACUCCACCAGCGUGGCCGCGAGGGCUUGUCGGUGGCCGAGCGCGAGGAGGAGGAACGCGCCUACCUGGCGGCUCUGUCCGAGGAGCAGGCCCUGCGCAUGACCCUUCCCCGGCGUGUGGCGCGCAUUGGCGGCUUUGCCGAUGCUCGCCUGCCCCUGUCGGCCAUGGACCCGCCCGUGGUGACCACCGCGCGCGAGGCGGCCCACGCGUCGCCGGAGAUCCUGCGCGGCUGGCGCAACAACACGCCGGUCUAUCGCGACGAGUGGCGCCAGUCGGACAUCUUCGCCUUCGGUGUGGUUGUCUGGGAGAUGCUCUUCCGCGGGACCGCAUGGGCUGAUGAGACCGCCAGUACCAUCGCCGACCGAGUCCUCGUCGGCGAUCGCCUUCCCUUCAGCUUCGGUACCGAGGGUGCUCCGGCACCCGGCUCGCUGGCCGCCGUGGCCUCCAUGCCGGGGAGCGUGCUCGCGGCGCAGCAGGCCGCCCGCGCGGCUACCCUGGCCCUGCAGCAGGCCGCCGCACUGGACCUGUAUCCCCCCGGCACAGUCCCCUCCACCGCGGCGCCCUCCCCCUCGCGCCUGUCACUGGACCACACCGGGGCCGGCGCCGGGCCCGGCUACCCCCCGGCCAUGGAGCACUACCACUUGGACUCCGAUGGCCCGGCCCCGGGCACCGGAGCCUUCGGCUCGUCCUCGAAUCUGGCUGGCCCCGGGCCCGGCGCCGGGGCCACUUCCCCGACACUGGCGGCCCUCUCGCGGCCCACCACCCCGGGUCCCUUCUCCCCGCGGAUCAGCAUGUCGAGCGAUGGGACUCCGGCGGCGGCGGCCACCGCGGCGGCGGCGGCGGCCGCUGCAUCGGCGGCCGCUGCCGCCACGGCGGCCAUCACGGGCGCCGCCCCCGGCGCCCAUGGGCUCCCCCCGGCGCCGCUGAUGACCGCAUCCCAGGGCGGCGCCUCGGCGCCGGUUCUCUCCUCGGCCGCCCUCUCGGCCUCGAUUCAGGCAUCCCCCUCGACACAGCGGCUGAUGUCCUUCGGCCGGCGGGGCACCCUCUCCCGCGGCCAGUCAGGCAGCAACGCCGCCGGCACCAGUGGCGGCGGCGGUAGCGGCAGCGGCAGCGGCGGCACUCGUGCCGAUGCGCAGCGCCGCAUGCGCCUGCCAACCGCCGACCCGGACGCCACCUCCUCGGAGAGCGACAGUGACGACCGGUCCGGGUCCGGGUCCGGGUCCGACUCGGACUUCGGGUCUGAUUCCGACCCGGACCUCGGGCCGGAUGGGCGCUUCGGCCGGACGGCGGGCCUCGGCAGCCCCACCGGCAUGGACGGCGGGGACUUCCUCCUGACUCGGACCACCGACGGGGAGUCAGCCGCCGGGGAUGGCUCGGACCCCGGGUCCCGGCGUCCCUCGCACUAUCUGGAGCGCUACGAGAGCUACGACCCGUCUCCAUAUGCCGAUGGCAUGGCCAUGGGCCCGGGCCAGCAGGCCGGCUAUGACAGCGACUUCAAUGGGUCCGCCGCGUCACGUCGGUCGCGGGCCGAUCGUCGCGCGGUUCCCGAAUCCCCGCGGCCCUCCUUCGGCACGUCGGGCAGUCUCCUCAAUCUGGACCCCUUCCGCAUGGCCAGCGACCUGAUCCAGGGCGCGCGCAGCCGCAGCCGCAGUCGCAGCCGCAGCCGCAGCCGCAGCCGCAGCCGCAGCCGUGUGGCAUCGGCGCUCAGCGGGGGUCACCGUGGGGACAGCCGCAGUCGGAGCACCAGCCGCGCCGGCACGCGCCUCGUCAACCCGGAACCCGAGCAGGUCCUCGAGUCCAUCCUCAACACGGACUUCGAUGAGGUGGCCGCGCCGGUGGCGGGCCCCGGGCCCCCGGGCCACCUGCUCGGAGAUCCGGACCUGGAGCCGACGUCCGGCAGUUCGCUGCAAGUGGCGGCCCUGAUGCGCGGGUCCUCCGAUCGGUCGCUCCUGGGGGCUGGCAUUGGCGGGGGGCCCGGGGGCAGUGGCCCGGUCGGGUCCAUCGAUCGGGCCGGCGGGCCCGGGUCACUGCUCGGCACGGCCGACUCCGCCGGCGGGGGAGCCCCCUUCACUCCACACAUGGACUUCGACGGGACCGGCUCCUCCUUCGAUCAUGGCAUUGUCGAGGCGGUGAGUGGCUUCACCGCUGGCGAUGGGCAGCCCAGCGCGCACCCGGCCACCAGCGGCAGCAGCGGCAUCCCCCCGGCCGAGGGCGGGCUCCAUGCUCCCCGGACGGAUGUGCUGGUUGAUGCGGCGGCGCCGGGGCCGGCCUCGGCCUCAGGCCCGGGCCCCAUGGCGACCGACAGCCGGGCCGCCAGCCCGACCCAUCCGGGCCCCGAUGUCCCCCUGGGGCCUGGGGCUUCCUUCCCGGCGGCGGGCCUGGACCUGGGUCCCGGUGGGGUCCGGCUGCCUCCCGGGCUGGAGGGCCUGCCCGGGCUGGAUCUGCCGCCGGAUCUGGUCAACAUGGUGGAGGACCACCUGCCGGAUGCCGACCUGCCGGACCUCCUGUCGCUGAAGUUGGACUUUACGGACCUGCAGGCGCCGGGGGCCGGGGCGGGCGCCGGGCCCAGCCCCGGGCCCAGCCCCGGGCCCAUGGCCAUGCCGGCCACCCCGCUGGACGCCACGGGCGGCAUGCCGGGUGAGGGCUUCCGGUCGGCCUCCCGGGCGUCGGUCCGGUCAUCCCCGCGGAGUAGCUUCAGCGCGCGCCUUGGCGGCGGCGGCGGCGGCGGCGAGCUUGAUUCUUCCAGCUCAUCCGGCAGUCUGGCCGGGGACUCGGCGGCGGCCAUCGCCGCGGCGGCCUCCAGUGCCGGCAUCAAUCGCGUCCCCUCGACGCAUCUGCUCAACUACGACUACGACCCGUACAUGCACCUGGGCGCCGGCAAUGCCGGGGGGUCGACCUCGCGCUCCGGCAGCGCCCGGCCCUCCUUCUACCAGAGCUCCUCCUCGCUGGGGCUCCCCUCGUCAUCCGGGGCCGGUGGCAGCGGCAACGGCGGCGGCGGGCUGGUGUCCAGCAUCAGCUCGACGCUGUAUGGCGCGGCGGCCAUCGCCAUGGCGGCCACCAGUGCCGUGACCAGCCUCCUGCCGCUGGACCACGACGCGGUGGCCGCCGGCGAUAACUUGCGGGAUUAUGUCGAGGGCGAGGCCAUCGAGGCCCCGCCGGACUUCGAUCCGCUGGUCGAUGGGAUUCAUGAUGUGCUGCUGCCGAGCAGCAGUCGCCUGUCGCUGGCUCUGUCGGCGGUCACCGGGGCCAGCGAUCGGGACGAUCCCUUCGACCCGGCCGACGCCGAUGACCUGGUCCAGCGGCUGAGCUUCGCCGCGCACGGGUCCUUCGGCGGGUCGACCGGGCAGCUGCCCGGCGGGGCGGCCGGUACCGGCCGCGCCUCCGACCGGGACUUCAAUGACGAGGCGCUGCUGGUCAGCAUCCCGACAACCGCCGGGGCGACGCACGUGCAGGCUCGCACCCCGCGCGAGACCUUGACCCAGGUGGUGAGCUCGUGCUGGGAUGUGCACGGCCGGGCCCGGCCGCGCGCCGCGGCCAUCGUCGACACCCUGGCCUCGUGCUCCAGCAUCGGAGCCGGCGCCCGGCCCGGCGGGGGGUCCAGCGCCCGGCCCAGCUUCGAGCAGGCGUCCAGCCGCCGGGGGUCCUUCGCGGUCAGUGGCCCUGGCAGUCGCCGGGGCUCCUUUUCCGCCAACAGUGCCCGAGCCAGUGCGACGGCCAGCCGUCGGGGCUCCUUCGCCGUGCCCGGCCAGGGCGGUUCCGGCCCCGGAGCCACCUACUCCCUCAGCCAAUAUCGGUAG